AUGUCAUCCAAACGCAAGUGGGAUCAAGCUGCUCCGGAUGAAGGCGAUACGCCGACGAAGGUUACCAAACUGGAGGAUGGAAAGACCGCGUCUGAAGCCGCAGCUGCAGCUGCCGCCAUAGCCGCCAAAAUUGCUGCUCAGUUUGCUGGGUCAGGGGGUACUGGCGGAGGCACGCCAUUGCAGAAGGAUCCUCAUGAUGCAGACUUCACCCACGAUAUUGACAUUAAUGAUGUAAGGAACCGGUACCUACUCACAAAAGGCUCGACGCAGACACAGAUUCAUGAAGAGACUGGUGCGUCUGUGAGCACGAAGGGUACCUGGUAUCCGGAUCGAUCGAAGGCAACAGAAAAAGAUCCACCUCUUUAUCUGCACAUUGCUGCUACGACGCAAGAGAUUUUGCAGAUUGCUAUUGACAAGGUAAACGAGCUGAUUCAAAUGGACAUGGGUUCUCUAGUGGAGGACAAGAAAGACCGUAUGAGGGAAAGGCGCAAAUGGCCAGAGGAAAAGAUUCCGGUUGGACUUGAAACUAUCCGCAACUUCAAUGUUCGCGCUAAAGUAGUCGGACCUACGGGUAUGUUUGUCAAAUACAUUCAACAAGAAACGGGGACUCGCGUUCAGAUCAAGGGUAUUGGAUCUGGAUUUGUCGAUCAAGACACAGGUCAUGAACACGACGAACCAAUGUAUAUCCAUGUAACUGGACCUGACGAAGGUCAGGUUGCUCGUGCGAAGGUACUCACGGAAGAUCUCCUUGAAGUCGUCCGGCAGGAGCAUGCAAAAGUGAGAACCCUUUUGCAGCAACAGCAAAUGGAACUACAUCAAGCACAAAUUCAGUACGCCACCUACAAUGCUUAUGCCGGCUACGCACCCCCACAGCCUGGUAAUGCUCCUCCGCCACCUCCACCCGGUGAUCAGCCACCACCUCCACCACCGGAUGGCAGUGUAGAAUCUGGACAGGGGGCCGCCGUACCAAAUGCGAACGAUCCCGAGGCGUAUGCCGCCUAUUGGGCUGCGUAUGGCUACGACGUCAAUUCUCCGGAGUUCAAAGCAUGGCAGGAGCAGCAGCAACAACAAUACGCGCAGUACUAUGCGCAACAAGGCUACGGUAGCGCUGUAUCUACAGAUGCAAAUCCGCCAUCUGGUGCCGCGCCGCCGAGUGAACCUAUUCCUCCGCCCCCUCCCGCAGGCUUGAAGAACGAGCUGUUAUGCGUUGCUUACUACAACUUUGCUAUUAUUGCAUUUGUACCUUCCGAACUGGCGGGUGUCAUUCGAUUGUUGUUCUGA